AUGGGAAGCUCGGGAACUAGAGACUAUGACAGCAUCACAUCUUUCCUGGGAUCCUGGGGACCUUUUCAGCGGAGGAUCUUUUUUGCGCUGGCUGUCAGCAUCCUCCCAAAUGGUUUUGUCGGCAUCUACAUAGUAUUCGUGGCGGACACGCCGCCGCACGAGUGCUAUAUCCCAGAAAACGACGGCAUCAGUGAGGUGUGGAGAAACGUGACGAUCCCGCUGGAGACCGUUGGUGGCAUCGUGAAGCGCAGCUCCUGCUCAAGGCUCAACCUGGAAAUUGUCAGCAACUACUCUCAAAAUAAGAUCCUCCCAGAUGUGGAUGUGAAUGUGAGUGCAAUUCCUUUGGAAAGUUGCCUGGAUGGGUGGACAUACAGCAAGAAAAUCUACCAGUCGACCAUUGUCACAGAGUGGGACCUGGUUUGUGAGAAUGCAUACAAAGUUCCACUGACCACCUCCAUCCAUUACAUCGGUGCACUGUCGGGAGUAUUCCUCUCAGGUCAGAUGUCUGACAGGUAUGGACGGAAACCGGCAAUAUAUAGCAUGAUGAUUCUUCAAAUUGUGACGAUCGCAGCCCAGAUAUUCUCCCCAAACUGGGAAGUCUUCGCCGUGUUGUAUUUCUUGGCGGGUGCUGGGGGAUUUUCCAACUAUACCAUUGCAUAUGUGCUGGGUACAGAAAUUCUAAGCCCAAAGGCCCGACUAUUCUUUGGCUCCCUCGGGGUUUUCAUGGCCUCCGCUGUGGGGUACAUGGCAAUGCCUGCAGUGGCUUACUUCCUGCGAGAAUGGUGGACACUACUGAUUGCUAUGGCGACCUCUUGCCUAAUCUACAUCCCUCUGUGGUGGUUAAUUCCAGAGUCUCCUCGCUGGCUGCUCAGUCGGGGACAGGUGAAAGAGGCCGAGGCCAUCCUGAGACGCGCUGCCAAAGACAACCACAUGGAGGCGCCAGAGGCCAUUUUUACACAAGCUGAGAUUGAGGAAGCUUUGGCCAUGAAAGAAAAGAAAUACACCUUGUUGGUCCUCCUGAGCAGCUGCAAUAUGUUCUCUAUUGCGUUGCUGUGCUCACUCCUGUGGGUCAUCAUCACCAUCAGUUACUACGCCCUGAUCCUCAACACGUCAAACCUGCAUGGAGACCCCUACUUCAACUGCUUCUUGUCCGGUGUGACUGAGGUGCCAGCUUACAUAAUUGCCCUCUUGCUGCUCCAGCACUGCUCCAGGAAUUUCUGCCAGUCGUCUUCUCUCUUCCUCGGCGGCAUCAUGAUCCUCUGUGUUCACCUCAUUCCAUUAGCCUCACCGGGUGUGGCUGUGUUUCUUGAGAUGCUAGGGAAGUUCGGCAUCACCAGUGCAUUUUGCGUUGUGUACGCCUUCACAUCAGAGCUCUUUCCCACGGUCAUUAGAAAUACGGCGAUGGGCUGUUGCUCUCUUUCUGCUCGGAUCGGAACCAUCAUCUCUCCUUUUAUCAUUUACCUGGGGAAAUUCUACAGCACACUGCCGUACAUAGUGAUGGGAGGUCUCGCCAUCUUUGGUGCCGUCUUGUGUCUCCUGCUGCCGGACACUUUUAGGAAGACUUUACCAGAGACCAUACCACAAAUGCAGCAGAUAUGGAGGAGGAGAGGAAAGAACGCGAGUGAAGCUGAACGUGAAGAAAGCCCAGCUGAACAUCGGAUUAAAGAAUCCAAGUUAUAAUCAGUUGUGACUUUAUUUGUAUUUUGUUUACUUGAUGCUCACAGACUGUAACUAAACUAAAGUGACACAUUUUAAGAUCGUUUUUUUCUCCAAAGCUGCUUGAUUCUAUGUAUUUUGCAUGUAAUGUCUUAUAUUCUUACUAUCUUGGAAACCUACUGGAUUUAUUGUGAGGCAUGCUGUUUGUAUGAAGUUUUGAAAAAUUGAAUAAGCAGACUUUUUCUGUCUUUUAAAUCUAAGACUGAGGGUUUGUUUGUCUCCGUCUUAUUGCAGCAUCGCUUGGAUGCUUUUAGUGAAAAUAGAGCUGGUUCAAAUUGUUCUCUGCUCUAUUACAGUAUAUUCUCUGAAUGAUUGUGCGGAUGCACUACAGAGGUGUCAGCUGUAUCGGUGGGAAGUCCACCGCAGUCAGUCGAGCAUGAAAUCCCUUUUUUGGUUGUGCGUUCGUUUUCUGGGUAAAAUGAGACACAAAGGACUGGAUCCCUUUAAAUACAAUGCAGCAGUUGGUUGGUUUUGAACUGAGUGGGAGUAUGAACUGUGGCGAUGAGACAUUUAGCCUGAAGGGUUGACUGAAGUAAAAGUGAAACUACAGAUUGCACUCAGGAAGUUUACUUCUUUAUUCACUACAUAGGCCUACAGUGAUUGUCGCAUUUCUAGCACGGCUUAUCUUUUCUACUGUAACCUUCAAACGGAUAACUAUGAUGGAAGCAUAUUCUAUAAGGUGAGUUUUUUUCUUUAUUGAUGACUGCAAAUUGUACAUUUUGAAAGACAGCCCAAGACAGAGUUAGCUAUGAUGUUUCAUAAAGAGAUAACCCCAUAAACAACAUUUUGUCUAUGGGCUACACACAUUAUAGAUAUAUAUUUAUAUAUAUUCAUAGUGAUUUUCUAGGGUCAACAACAACAUGGGCCUACCACCCUGUCAUUAAUUUGACGUUCAUCCGGCAGUUAGUUGCACAAUCUGCCCGAUCUGUAUGUGUGUGUGAGAGAGAUAUAUAUUAUGCUGUAAUCACUGCCAGCUCUUAUCUUUAAUAGUGAGGUGUUUUGUAAAAUAAAAGUGAUCGUUCACAUUUA